UUUGCCACUGUUUAUCCCAUCACUAGCGAGCCACACGUGUGUUUUAAAUUGUAAACACGCGCUGGAGUUUUUAAAUAAUUUUUAGCCGGAAAAAAUGGGUGCAACCAAGAACCUGGACUUGAUAGGCACCAUUGAGGACGAUGCCGAGGUGGAGAACUUGUCGGAGGACUCCGAUGCGGAAGUGGAGUACCAACCCACCAAACUGAGACACAAGAAGGUGACGGAGUUCGAGAAGGGAUUCGAGUUCGUGUCCUCAGUGAAGGAGUACAACCAGGACACCUGGGACGACUUGAUGAAGUAUGUGAAGAGGAAGGCGCGCACAAAGACCGAUGACAAGAUCGCAGCCCGGCUGCAAAAGAGAGGCGGCGCUGAAGCAGUGGCCGCGGAGCAGAGCGAUGGGAGCGAGAUUGAUCUUUCCGAGGACGAACUGAAGCAUGAUAACCUGCGGCUGAGGGAGAAGAAACAGUCCAAGAACAAGAAAAAGAAGGGCGGCGAGGAGGAUGAGGAGGAAGAGGGCGAGAAGAUGCAGUUCGACGACACUGUGGAGGCCAACGAGCAGAUCACCUCAUUUUACCAAAUGAAUCUGUCGCGUCCCCUGAUGCGUGCCAUCGGAGUGCUGGGCUACAUCUACCCCACGCCCAUCCAGGCCUCCACGAUCCCGGUGGCCUUACUGGGUCGCGAUAUCUGUGGCUGCGCCGCCACGGGAACUGGCAAAACUGCAGCUUAUAUGCUGCCAACCCUAGAACGUCUGCUUUAUCGUCCUCUUAACAACAAGGCCAUUACCAGGGUUCUGGUUCUGGUGCCCACCCGUGAGCUGGGAGCCCAGGUCUAUCAGGUGACCAAGCAGUUGUGUCAGUUCACCAGCAUAGAUGUUGGUCUGGCAAUCGGUGGUUUGGAUGUGAAGGCCCAGGAAGCGGUACUGCGCCAGAAUCCCGACAUUGUGAUUGCCACACCCGGACGUCUCAUUGAUCACAUCAAAAACACUCCUAGCUUUACUUUGGACUCCAUUGAGGUUCUUAUUCUGGACGAGGCCGAUCGUAUGUUGGACGAGUACUUCGCGGAACAGAUGAAAGAGAUCAUCAACUCCUGUUGCAAAACUCGGCAGACCAUGUUGUUCUCUGCUACGAUGAGCGAGCAGGUCAAAGAUCUGGCUGCUGUUUCGCUGGACAAGCCUGUGAAGGUGUUCGUUAACAACAACCAGCAGGUGGCCUUUAAUCUGCGCCAGGAAUUCAUUCGCAUACGUGAGGAUAAGGAGGGCGACCGCGAGCCCAUCCUGGCUAGUUUGAUUUGCCGAACGUUCCAUGACCACUGCAUGGUGUUUGUGCAAACCAAGAAGCAGGCCCAUCGAUUGCACAUUUUGCUCGGUCUUCUGGGCGUCCGAGCUGGUGAAUUGCACGGCAAUCUUACCCAGCAACAGCGUCUGGAGUCGCUUAAGAAGUUUAAGGAGGAACAGAUUGAUGUGUUGAUCGCCACUGAUGUAGCCGCUCGUGGUCUUGAUAUUGUCGGCGUCAAGACGGUCAUCAACUUUGUGAUGCCCAUCACCACAGAGCACUACAUCCAUCGAGUGGGUCGUACCGCUCGUGCAGGUCGUGCUGGUAUCUCCGUUUCGCUGGCCGGCGAAAAGGAGCGUAAGAUCGUCAAGGACAUUAUCAAGAACGCCGAGAGUACUAUCAAGAAUCGUAUUAUUCCGCCAGAGAUCAUUGAGAAAUACCGCAACAAACUUACGAGCCUGGAGCCAGAAAUUCAGAACAUUCUGGAUGAGGAACAGGCUGAACGGCAGCUAGCCAAAACGGAGCAACAGCUUUCCAAAACAGAGCGCAAGCUGCUGGGCCAGUCCAACGAGCGACGUGGUUGGUUCCAGACGAAGCAGCAGCGCGAGGCAGAGAAGGAUCGCCUAGCUUUAACUACGGGAGACGAGGAGAAACCAGCUGGUGGAAAGGGAAAGGGAAAAACAGCCGGAAAGCGCAAGCGGCCUGAGUACGGAGGCGACGGCGAGGAUGGACCGCCGGUUAAGGAGCUGGAGGCAAAGCGAAACAAGAAGAAGAAGGAGGAGCCCCGAAAGAAGACGCCCGAGCAGCUGGCCAAGGAACGGGCCAUGAAGGAAAUCGAGAAGGUAUCGCUGGUGCGUGCCAAGAUGGCCAAGCUGCGCAAGCGACCGGGCAAGCUGGGAGCAGCCACCGAAGCCCACAAAGGCGGUGCCUCCGACAGCAAACCCAAACGGCGCGGCGGUCAAUCGGCAUUUACUAACGAUUUGACUGAUGUCAGUCGAGGUGGUGCCCUGCGUUUAAGAUCCGAGGCAAAUCGGCACAAGAAAAUGACCAAGAUUACCGCCAAGAAGAAGGCCAGCAGCGUAAAGAUUACUAACAAGGCGGGAAAGAAUAAGUUCAACAAGGGCAAGAGUUUCGGUGGACCGCGGUACGCCAAAAAGGAUAAAAAGAAGUAGAACUGCAAAAUAUAGAUGUAUGCAAUGUUAAAUCGUAAUUUUGUAAAAUAAAACUUUUACUUCUUUAAGGCA